AUGGCGGCGGCGGCGGCGGGAGCCGGCGGCGAGGGGGGCGCGGGCCUGGGCGACGUGGCGGGGCCCGAGCCGGGGUCGGGGCCGCGCGGGCCGGACCCCUCCGCCGAGGCGCGCAAAGACGCCCGGGGCCCGGCGCCCGCCGCCGUGCACCCGGAGGAGGUCGCCGCGCGGCUGCAGCGGAUGCGCCGGGAGCUGAGCAACCGCAGGAAAAUCCUGGUGAAAAACCUGCCCCAGGACAGCAACUGCCAGGAAGUUCAUGAUUUAUUACAAGACUAUGAGUUAAAGUAUUGUUAUGUGGACAGAAAUAAGCGAACAGCUUUUGUUACCUUAUUGAAUGGAGAACAAGCCCAGAAUGCAAUUCAGAUGUUUCAUCAAUAUUCAUUUCGAGGAAAAGACUUAAUAGUCCAGCUCCAGCCAACAGAUGCUUUGCUAUGUAUUACCAACUUGCCCGCUUCUUUUACGUUAGAAGAGUUUGAAGAACUUGUUCGUGCUUAUGGAAAUGUCGAGAGAUGCUUUCUGGUCUACAGUGAAGUUACUGGCCAUUCCAAAGGCUAUGGAUUUGUGGAAUACAUGAAAAAGGACUUUGCUGCAAAGGCUAGAUUGGAGCUAUUGGGUAAACAGUUGGGAGCAUCAGCUCUCUUUGCACAGUGGAUGGAUGUUAAUCUCUUGGCCACAGAGCUCAUUCAUUCUAAGUGCCUUUGUAUAGAUAAACUCCCUAGUGACUACAGGGAUUCAGAGGAGCUGCUGCAGUUUUUUUCCAGUAUCCAUAAACCUGUGUUUUGCCAGCUUGCAGAGGAUGAAGGUAGUUAUGUUGGUGGCUUUGCGGUGGUUGAAUAUAGCACUGCAGAGCACGCUGAAGAGGUUCAACAAGCAGCUGAUGGUAUGACCAUCAACGGAAGCAAAGUUCAAGUUUCCUUCUGUGCCCCGGGAGCACCAGGGCGAAGUACAUUAGCAGCAUUGAUAGCAGCUCAACGCGUGAUGCACAGUAAUCAAAAGGGCUUACUUCCAGAGCCAAAUCCAGUGCAAAUUAUGAAAAGUUUAAACAACCCUGCCAUGUUACAAGUUCUUCUACAACCCCAGCUCUGCGGGCGAACUGUUAAACCAGCAGUUCUUGGAACACCUCACAGCUUGCCACAUCUGAUGAAUCCAUCCAUCUCCCCUGCAUUUUUACAUUUGAAUAAAGCACAUCAGAGCUCACUUAUGGGUAAUACUUCUAAUUUAUUUCUUCAGAAUCUUUCUCAUGUACCUCUGGCACAGCAACAAUUAAUGAAGUUUGAGAAUAUUCAUACUAAUAAUAAACCAGGCUUACUUGGAGAACCCCCAGCUGUGGUACUUCAAGCUGCAGUAGGGAUAGGGUCACCGCUUCCAUUGAAAACAGAGUUGGGCCAUCUUGGAGAAGCACAUAAAACAUCUAAUUUGAUUCCAACUCAAACAACUAUAACAGCUGGCAUGGGCAUGUUACCAUUCCUUCCAAAUCAGCACAUUGCUGGACAAGCUGGGCCAGGGCAUGGGAACACUCAGGAGAAACAGCCAGCCUUGGUGGGGAUGGCAGAAGGAAAUUUCUCAGGGUCACAGGCUUAUCUUCAGAGCUUUCCAAACCUUACUGCUGGAGGCUUGCUCACGGGACAUCAUAAACAACAACAAAGUCAGCCAAAAGGCCUGGAGAUAAGUUCAGGGGCUGCCUCUAAGAAUCAGACUUCACUCUUGGGAGAACCACCGAAAGAAAUUCGGCUCAGUAAAAAUCCAUACUUGAACUUAGCAAGUGUGUUGCCCAGUGUGUGCUUAUCAUCCCCUGCAAGUAAAAUCACUCUACAGAAGACUGGAAUUGCAAGCAACAUUCUGGAUGCAAUCUCUCAGGGAAAUGAAUCGCAACACACGUUGGAGAAGUGCAUUGCUUAUUCUCAACCUUUUGGUGAUUAUGCACAGGUAUCAUCUUUAAGAAAUGAAAAGCGAGGCUCAUCAUAUCUCGUCUCUGCCCCAGAAGGUGGUUCAGUGGAAUUUGUUGACCAGCAUUCUCAGGGCACAGGAGCAUAUUACGUGGAAACCUACUUAAAAAAGAAGCGAGUAUACUGAGUUAAGUUCUCUCCUUAUAAACUCAUAAGGUUCUUUGCAGUAUCUCUGCUGUUCAUCGCUGCCUUAACUACAUUCAAACUAGCCAUAUCCUUUAAAUACGGGUUUCUAAUUUCCCAGAAGGAACUGUGUUGUGCAGCAGGCAGAAUUGCCAAAUUAAAAAAAUAAGUAGCAAUAAGAAGAGACAUCAAUUGAGGACAUAUUCCGCUAGAAUUAGAUGCAUCUUAAUCAACAUGAUAUUAACUUACAGUUCACUGGAGAAAUAACAUAUGUUCCAAUAUUCCUUGUUUAGGACUGGGAAUAAUUUUGACACCACAUAUAAAAGUU